UCGCAGACGUCUCGCCGCCGCAUGCACGUGUUGCUAUAACCGUAAACCAGUUGAAAUAUAAUUACAAAUAACACAUGCAACUUUUUCAUCAUGUCUCCAAAUAAAUCAAAAUUGGUCAAUAAAGAAAAUGUCAAAUCUGAAGAAGAGAAGAAGUUAGAUGCUUUUCUGUUUGGAGAAAAUAUUUAUGCAUCUGAUGGGGAAGACUCAGAUACUCAGCCAGAAGCCAAGGCUGAGAAAAUUGAUGACGACAGUAGUGAAGAGGAAGAUACUGGUAAUUAUCUAGAACCUAAGACCGAAAAGGUUGAGGACGAUGAAUCUAGCGAAGAGGAGGAUUCUCAAUCAGAACCCAAAGCUAAGAGGGCUAAGACUGAAGCUGCUUGGCACGAUGAGAAUGAUGAUGGACUGACGGUGCAAGAAGCAUUAAAACAGCAAAAACGAAAAUUGCCAGAGGGGAGAACCGAAAAGACCUACGAGGAACUUCUUAGAAAAAAGUUCGAAACUGUUCAUAAAACACCACUUUGGGCCCAACCUGAUGUGAUCAAUAAAUUUGAAGAUGAAGAAGUUCUUAGGCAUAGCCAUCAUUUGGUCACAAAAAAAUCAGGAACUUUACCUAAGGAUAUUAUUAAUAUUUUAGUAUUAAAAAAUAUGAAUACAGAAACACACAAUGAAGGACCUUUUAUCAAUUCUGUUCAGUUUCAUGAAACAUCAACAGUAGGGUUAGCUGCUGGUUCAUCAGGAGUUUUCUCAUUGUUUCAGAUAAAAGAUGGAAAAAAAGAUGUGCAUACUAAAAUUUUCACUGAAUCAUUUAGAAACUUCCCAAUUUCCACAGCUAGAUUCGUUGAUGAUGGGAAGGCUAUUCUAAUGGGAUGUGAAAAAUUUGGUCAUUGUUUUCAAUAUGACAUGAUGAAGGAUAAAAUCAAUGAAAUUAGGUUACCUUCAGAGGUCACAAACAUGAAAAAAUUUGAAGUAUCUCCAGAUGGCAAAAUAAUUGCUGUCAUUGGAAAGUCCGGAUGGAUACGCUUGUUGAGUAUGAAGACCAAAGAGCUCAUUGAUUCAUUCAAUAUGAACAAAGAAUGCAAAUCAAUUGCAUUUUCACCAGAUGGUUCAAAACUAUUUUCCAAUGGUGAGGGCAGUGAAAUUUAUGUUUGGGAUCUUCAAUCACGCAGCAUUAAUAAAAAGUUUCACGACGAUGGAUGUCUCUCAGGUGCUACAUUAGCUGUGUCACCUAAUGGCCAAUAUCUUGCUUCAGGCAGCAAACAGGGUGUUGUCAAUGUAUACAAAAUGCAGGACGUUUUAUCAAAUGAUCAGCCUCAGCCUGUCAAAAUUUUGCUAAACCUAUCAACAAGCAUAACCGCAUUAAAGUUUAACCCAACGUCAGAGUUACUGGCUUUUGCUUCAUCAAAGAAAGAAAAUGCAUUCAAGAUGUUACACAUGCCAACCUUAACUGUGUUUCAAAAUUUCCCGACUAGUGAUACGAAAAUGAGUAUGGUACAAAAUAUAUCCUUCUCUCCAGGUAGUGGAUACAUGGGAGUAGGUAACAAUCGUGGCUGUGCACAAUUAUACAGACUCAAACAUUUCAAAAACUAUUAGGAAACAAUGUUAUGGUGAUAAAAUCAUCUCAUUAUAUUGUAUAUCUUGUAAAUAAAUGUUAAUAAUUUUUAUGAAAAUGACAUACUAGGCAUGCAAUUAAUAAUUGUUCGACUUAAGGUAGCGACAAACGAAAUGUUUGCACAUCAUAUUAUUAUAACUAUAAAAAUAACAGGAUGGAAAAUGUUUUCAAUCAAUUGAAAAAUAACAUUCAAAUUGAGCUUCAAAAUAGAUCAUUGCAUUGAUAUAUAAUGCAUA